AUGUCCACUUCAUCCAAAAAAAUUGCAAUUGUUACCGGUGCAUCUUCUGGUAUUGGGUAUGCUAUUACCAAGGAAUUAGCUGAACACAACUACAUUGUCUAUGCUUGUGCUAGAAGAUUAGAACCAAUCCAACCACUAGUUGAUGAAUUUUCAACUUCGAUCAUCAAACCAUAUAAGCUUGAUAUUUCAAACAUUGAUGAAGUUGUUGAAUUAAAAGAAUUUUUGGCUAAAGAAUUACCAAGUCAAAAAUUGCAUCUCCUUUAUAACAAUGCAGGUCAAAGUUGCACAUUCCCAGCUUUAGAUGUUUCCGAUGCUAACAUGCAAAAAUGUUUCCAAGUUAAUGUUUUUGGUCACGUCAAUAUGUGUCGAGAAUUAUCUAAAUAUUUGAUUAACGCUAAAGGUACUAUCGUAUUCACAGGUUCAUUAGCAGGUAUAAUAUCGUUCCCAUUUGGCUCUAUUUAUUCAUCAACAAAGGCAGCUAUCCAUGCGUAUGCUAGAGGAUUACAUUUAGAAAUGAAACCAUUUGGUGUACGUAUCAUCAACGCAGUCACUGGUGGUGUCGAUACAAACAUUGCUGACACCAGACCACUACCUGAAGGUUCAAUUUAUGGAUUUCCUGAAGGUCAAGAAGCCUUUGAAUCUAGACAACGUAUGGCAAAAAAUCAUCAUCCAAUGCCAGCUGAAGUAUAUGCCAAGAAGUUAAUGGGAGAUAUAUUAAGUUCCAAGGAUCCUGUAGAUGUCUAUAGGGGAUCGAUGGCUACAUUUCUAGGGUUUGUUUCUUUAUUUGUUCCUUAUUUUAUCUUAGAGUUUGCAUUAAUUAAGAAAUUUCAUCUAACGAAAGUCUUUAAGGUAUUAAAGGACAAAAAUGUAGAAAGUAAAAAAAAAGAUUAA